AUGAACGCCCGCGGCGGCUUCCCAUACACCGUUUUUCCUCGUAUUCCUGGCCGCGAUUUUGCUGGCACUGUUGUAGCUGGGCCACGAAGCGGCGAAGAAGUUUUUGGAACUAGUGGCUACACUCACGCCUUCACUACCAACGGAUUCCACGCCGAGUACUGUGUUGUUUCUGAAGACGCAGUCGCACUGAAGCCCAAAAACGUGACUUUCGCUCAGGCUGCCUGUCUUGGUGUGCCUUUGACUACUGCGUCUCUAGCACUGCAACGGGCAGCUGUGGAGCCAUCUGAUUGCGUUUCGGUUAUUGGUGCCUCCGGUUCUGUCGGUUCAUAUGUAGUCCAACUGGCUCAAAGUAUGGGAUGUCGAGUGCUGAGAGCGGCGCGCCAAAGUCCAACCGAUGUGUGCAUUGCAGAGGAUGAAGAGUUUAGUGCAUUGACGUCUCUCACGCAGGGUCGUGGCGUUGACGUAGUAAUUGAUACAGUUGGAAUGCCGGCUUUAAUGAAAGCUGCAGCUGAGAAGCUUGCGCAUGGGGGGAGGAUGGCGGUUAUUUCAGCGCGUUAUGGGGCAGAGCUGGCCAUUCACUUGAAGGACUUCUACAGAAACGAAAAAUCUCUCGUUGGUUGUAAUACUUUGUCGCACAGUGCUCCGAAGCUGGCUAAAGAACUGGCGGCAAUGUCACAGGCCUUAGAAAAGGGCGAUAUAACACCGGAAGAUGAAAAAGUUUGGACAAAAUUCAGCCUAGGGCAGGCCGCUGAAGCUUACAGAAAGUCUGAAGAAGGAUCCGGCAAAUAUGUCCUCGUAAUGGAAGAGCAUUGUAAAGUGUGA